CUUGAAGCCUCAUUGCUCAGUCUCUUUCUGCAACUCCCACACUCGAGCAAGCAAGAUGAAGAAGCUCUUCUUUGCUACUCUACUACUCCUUGCUCUUCUGCUUAGCACUUCUUUCAUUGAAGCCACCUUGGACAAUUCAGUGUUUUGUGGUGGUAGGUGCAAGGCAAGGUGCAAGAAGGCAAGUGUGAUUGAUCGGUGCUUGAAGUACUGUGGGAUAUGCUGUCAAAAGUGCAUGUGUGUUCCUUCAGGGACUUAUGGGAACAAGCAUGAAUGCCCUUGCUACAGGGACAUGAGGAGCUCCCAGGGCAAGCCCAAGUGUCCUUAA